UUUUUUUUUUUUUUUUUUCCUAAUAGUAUUUAAAUCUGAUAUAAAAUGAAUGUUGUUAAAGAAAUUCAAAGAAUAAAUCAGAGAGAGAUUACAAAUGGCACUUGGAGUGAUUCUAGUUCCUGGCAUGCACAAUAUAAAAAUUCCGCAUGGAUUUACAUUGGUGGUUUACCAUAUGAUUUAACUGAAGGUGAUGUUGUUUGCAUGUUUUCACAAUAUGGUGAGAUUAUUCAUAUUGAACUUAUUCGUGACAGAAAAAGUGGGAAAUCAAAAGGAUUUGCAUUUCUUCAGUAUGAAGAUCAACGUAGCACUAUCUUGGCUGUAGAUAAUCUAAAUGGUGCCAAAGUUUUAGGACGUACUUUACGUGUUGAUCAUUCUCUGACUGGACCGAAAAAACCAAAGAAAGAAGGUGAGGAAGAAUCAGAAGAUGAUGAACCAAAAAUGAAUGUUGCUCCACAAUUAAUUGAAGGUAAAUUAAGAAAAAAAUUAAUAUUCAUUUCUAAAGACACAAUGUAUGUACUUUAAAAAUCUUUUAUAAAAGUGGGCGAAAAAGAGGAAGAGUCUGAACAAGAAACCAAAGAUGAUAUUGACGAUGAAGAUCCUAUGGCAAGCUAUUUUAGAGAGAAAAAAGAAAAAAAAUCCAGAAAAGAUAAAAGCAGUAAGCAUAAACAUAGUAGCAGUAGUAGACAUCAUCGACAUAAAAGUAGCAGUAGUAGUAAAAGGAAAGAUGAAGAUAAGGAUCGAUAUAGAUCAAGUAGAGACAGGUCAAAAUCAUCUUCUAGACGCAAUUCACGAUCACCUGUUCGACGCUCUUCUAGAUCACCAUCCAGAAGAUAUUCUAAAUCUUUUUCAGAACGUUAUUCUCGAUCAUCGCCUUCUCGUAGUUCUACGCAUCGCUAUUCCAAAUCGCCAUCACGUCGUUAUUCUAGAUCCCCUUCACCACGUCGAUAUUCUAGAUCGCCAUCGCCACGUCGUCGUUAACCAAUGCUAAAAAGGAAUGGGUCAUAUAAUUGUAAUAAAUGCA